GACCGUGGAAUACACGAUUACCCACUUAACGAUAUCAGAGAACCGCGCGUGAGUCAAAAUUAUCUACACAGUCGCACAACGUCGGCCAAUAUGGCCGCGAACGACGUCCAUCGACGUCGUUGAAUAAUAUAAUACGAAACAGCUGUUUUUAGUGCACAGUGAUCAAGUUGGCGGAUUAUAUACAACACAAUGAAUAUUGUCUUGUGCGAUUUUCUUUGUAGUGUGUGAUGUGCGAAUAAAUUUUUUGUGUUAAAAGUCAUGAGAAGGACUCCCCAGAGUCAGUCGCAAGGACAACUCGAUAAAAAUGAAGAAGAAUGUACCAGCACUUCGUCUCCGGUAAUAUCUCAGUAGGCUGAUUAUAAUAUAUGUUUACAUUAUUUGUCUAUAUACCAGGGAUGGUCGAUAGUAACUCUUUUCACUUUUUUAGUAAUAAUUCUUUCGUACAGUUCAGUUUGAUAAUAUAUAAUCUAUAAUCAAUUAAUUUAACUCGUUAAAUAUUCUUUUUAACAAAAUUGACAUGUGAUUAAUAUAAAUAUUUACUGUCCCAUUUAGAAUAGCGUGCCUAUUGUCGUAAUAGCUUCUAAUUGUUUAUACUGAUACGAAUACAAUGAUUAAUUACAUAUUAAUAACAAUUUUACGUCAGAACAACUUUCGUUUUAGGUACCAAAUACAUUGGUUUUGUUGUUACGUGAUAGUAACGUAAAUAAUCAUAAAACUAGUAGGACAAUAUCUAUUUGUGAAAAAAACUAGUCUUGAAAGUGAAAGGUCAAUUUGUAUGAAGAAAUAACAAACGUGCAUACCAAACUAAAUCGUUUUCAUAAGAAUUCUAAUAAAAUAUUAUACGAGGUAUUGUCAAAAAUUUGAAUGUGUAUCAAAUUUGGUAAUGUUAUGAAUUUAUAAUAUGCUUUUCGUCGUAAAAAUUUAAAAAAGGUUCGUAAAAAUAAAAUUCACCUCCAUUUAGUAGUAUUUUCAACGAUUACCAAUUGGGUUAUUGUGUAAGAAUCUUCAAAAAAUGUUUAUAAACUCUCUGAUGUCGUUUCUGACAGGAAGCCGUUAUAUUAAAUUCAAUUUCAAAUAAAAAAUUCACCAUAUUCAUCAACCACACCUCGUAUAAUUCUAAAAAUCUAUGAUAAAAUUGAAGAUCGAUUAAACUUUUACAGUUAACUACUUUUUAUACCAAUAUUUAUGCCGAUAAAACAGGAAUUAUUAUUACAAUUCUAAACGUCAAAGAUAGUCGCCAUUUUCGCUCCACGAAUAUAAAUAAAAUUAUUAUACUUGUUAUUCAUUAAAUAUUUUUUUAAAUACCUUUAUUAUUAAUAAUUACACCUAUAUAAUAGUAAAAACAGCAUUUUGUAAAGUAAUCAUGAUUUUGUUGCAAAAUAUGACUCAAAUAGAGGAAUUGACCGUGAUAAAAAAAUGUUUUUUAAUAUGCUUAUCAUGAUACAUGGUUAGCUAUAAUUAAAACAUUUAUAAAAAUAGACAGUUAUUUUCCAUGCUUUGUUGGUAUAACAUGUUUUACGUUGAUUUAGAGCCUCAAGAUUUGAAAAAGUCACAAAUAUUGGAAAGAGUCCAAUCGGAUCGCGUUACUGUUACGAAGCCCGAAGAAGAUCGACGCAGAAGAACGAUAAUUGUGGAAAAGAAAAACGGUUCCUUCGGUUUCACACUUCAAAGUUACGGUAUCCAUUACAAAAAAGAAAAAGAAAUAGAAAUGAUUACAUACGUUGAUUACGUUGACUACGACGGACCUGCUUAUAGAGCUGGUAUGAGAGAAGGCGACGUCAUAUUAUCCAUAAACGGUACGGACAUGGAAAAAGCCGAUCAUAAAACUCUAGUCAGUUAUAUAAAAAAAUGUGAUAACCGUAUGAGGAUGGUGGUACUUUUCGAGGAUUGCGUUAGAAAGGUCGAACUGCACAUGCGUUAUAUUCAACUACAACGAAUCCUCCAAACUAAAAUGGAGGAAUUAGAGAGGCUGUGCAUACGAGAAAGACAAUUAUUAGAAGGGAAAUGGAAGACGCAUAGUUUACCGGCUAGAAAAAAAGCUUCCCAAUCUUGUAACGAAGGACCACCAACACCAACGCAAGCUUCUUAUUCAUAUUGCAGACCGACUGUUUCAACUGAAGAUGUAGCGAAAAUUGCCCAGCAACAGAAGCAAGCGACGCCGCCUCUGGCUUUCGCUUAUCAAUAUUUAGAUUCUCGUUAUAGAUAUAUUCUUCAACCGUCAAAUACAAGCAGCGGGGAAUAUUUAUUAACAUUGGAGCCUCCACAAUAUAAAGAUCAGCACAAUCUCAUAAUAAAAACCCCUUGCGAGCAGAAACAGAAUAGAGCUUCCCAACAGAGAAUUGAGAAACCGAGAAAAGCCCCGGUUUUAUGUCAACGCUACGCAGGACAACUCUGCAAUCCUUGCGUGCAAUCAGGAUCUUCAAGUAAUGGAGAUAACAAUAGUUUAGACGCGUACGACCUGGCGAGUCCAUGUUGCGAUCCAAGAUGCGUACCGAAUAACAGAAGAAGAUCGCGCAGCCACAAAGAACAUAGAAAAAGAGAUUCUAAGACUGAGGAAACUCAAACUGAACCCCAGCAAACGAGAUCUCGACCACAUUCCCAAUCGUCGCAAACUACUCCCGAUUAUCCGGUUCAAAAAAGAUAUUUCCAUUUUGGAACGGGCCUAGUGAGUCAAUGUAGUUUACAUUCCUGCACAUCGAGCGAAGUCAGUAACGCAGUACCGACAACGUUAGGCGAAAGUUCUGCCAAUAGUUAUACGACUUCUUUAAGUACCGACACCCUGUAUUGGGACGGAUCCUGUGAUACUAGACGGACGAGCAUAAAGUCUUCUUCUAAGCACGACCAACAGAGAUACUCGCAACAACCCCAGCAGUACGAAACUAUCUACAUUCAAUACAAACAAGUGAAGCCGAAGUCUUGGGAUAAUUUGGCUACGAAAGCGUUCGGUGGUUACGGUUUUGGUUACGGAUAUUUGGAUACUUCUUCGAAAUGCGGACAAAAAUCCGGUCGACCUCCGCCUUCUACUAAAAGUCAGGGUACUCAGUACGUUAGGAUGGAUAAGCAGUCGAGCAGUGGAGGAACUUCGGGGCAACUUCAGUAUACCCCGCAUACACAUCGAAGAUACAUACAACCAACAAAAUCAACAGAAAGUCUCCUAUCAGCUCCAAAAUAUUCAUCUGAAGCCUUAUCAGACUCGAGCUUAUCUUGUGAAUGUUUGGAGAACGUUUCUCCCGGUCCGGAAUCAUCGGAGAAUCGAUUUUUUCCCUGUACUAGAUCUAGCUUAAUCAGUCCUACUGACCCAAAUUUUGGAUAUUACAGUGCAAGAAGGGCAUCCCGAAACGAAUAUACCAAAAACGUCGUAACCACGAGCUCAGAAGCUACACGAUUAUAGACAAACAACUUUUUACAUGUAUUAGAGCAUUUUUUUGAUGCUUCGUUUUGUUUUUAAUUUAUUUACAACGUAUAAAUGUGAUUAUUUGUUUUAAUAAAAACUUUUGUUAAAA